AUAUAUAUUUUUGAUACUAUUACGUCAGCUUGGUCACAAAAGUCUGCUUUGGGGAACGUCGAUCCGCGUGUUGGACAUACUGCUCUCCUAGCACCUGAUAAUCGCACUAUAGUUAUCUUAGGAGGAACACAAAGUUACGGGCUUAAUCAGACUACACCAUAUCCAGUUUUUGUAUUGCUAGAC